UCAUUUUGCUUUUGUUUAUAAAAGCACAAGUCCCAAACUGCUCGCCUCUUCUGCGAAAUAGCAAACGCAAACCCAUUCUCUGAGGCAGAAGCAGCAUCAGCCGCCAUGGUGAAGUACUCCAGGGAGCCCGACAAUAUCACCAAGUCCUGCAAAGCAAGGGGUUCUGACCUCAGAGUUCAUUUCAAGAACACGAGGGAAACUGCAUUUGCUAUCAGAAAGUUGCCCCUAGUCAAGGCAAAGAGGUAUUUGGAGGAUGUUCUGGCCCACAAGCAGGCCAUUCCCUUCCGCCGUUUCUGUCGUGGUGUUGGGCGUACUGCUCAGGCAAAGAACAGGCAUUCCAAUGGACAGGGACGCUGGCCUGUCAAAUCUGCCAAGUUCAUAUUAGAUUUGCUUAAGAAUGCUGAGAGCAAUGCUGAAGUGAAGGGUUUGGAUGUUGAUUCACUAAUCGUAUCUCACAUCCAAGUCAACCAAGCACAGAAGCAAAGGCGCAGAACCUACAGGGCUCACGGAAGGAUCAACCCCUAUAUGUCAUCCCCCUGCCAUAUUGAGCUGAUUUUGGCCGAGAAGGAAGAGCCAGUCAAGAAAGAGCCUGAGAGCCAGUUGGCAACUAGCAAAUCUAAGAAGUCUCAAGCUCUUCGAAGCGGUGCUUCCUCUUAAAGUGUCACAAGAAAUCCAAGAGGAAUUAUCGAUUCAUCGUUUGCAUUGAUAUGGAUUUUUGUUGCUUUUUAUAUAGUUUGAGAAUGUUGUGUAGACAAUUUUUGGAACUCUGUGUUUUAGUUUCAGAUUAUGUUAUGUUUUGUUGGAGAAUAUGCUUGAAAGUCGAUGUUUAUCAUAAUUAGACCCCAUCAAUAUCAUGAGCCUUUU